AUGACUGGCGGAAAAUCUGGCGGCAAAGCCUCUGGCGGCAAGAGCGCUCAAUCCCGAUCCUCCAAGGCGGGUCUCGCAUUCCCUGUCGGCCGUGUCCACCGUCUCCUGCGGAAGGGCAACUAUGCUCAGCGUGUUGGUGCCGGUGCUCCGGUCUACCUUGCUGCCGUGCUUGAAUAUCUUGCGGCCGAAAUCCUCGAACUUGCCGGCAACGCCGCUCGUGACAACAAGAAGACCCGUAUCAUCCCUCGUCAUCUUCAAUUGGCCAUCCGAAACGACGAGGAGUUGAACAAGCUGCUGGGACACGUCACAAUUGCCCAGGGUGGUGUCUUGCCCAACAUCCACCAAAGUACGUUUCUGCCUACACGAGAUUCCACAAGACUUGCCCAUACUGACUAUCACAGACUUGCUACCAAAGAAGACCGCCAAGGGCAAGAACCCCAGCCAAGAGCUGUAAGCUCGUUCUGCAAAUUUCUUCUGAACUGGGUUUUGAAUGGGAGUUUCACGACAAAUGCGAUCACAACGCGGGGUUUCAGGGGUUGGGCUGGCCAGGUUUCACAGGCCUUGUUUUCAGAGUUUGUGCUUUAUCAUCGGACGGCAGGGUUGUGUACAUUAUGCUCAUGGCAUACCUACUAUCAUCACGAACAUGGAUAG